AUUUUAAAAAAGGAGAUGAGGCUGAAGGUUACUCUCCUACUCUUUGCUUCCAGCCACUCCUUUCCAAAACAUACAGUCCGGUGAUCAGAGCUCCGUUUUCCGGCGUUGGGUCGUCCUUUUCUUUUUUCGUUUGCGGGGCGACUCUCUUUCACCUUCUUCAUGGUCCUACUUCAUUUUCAUCAUUCUUUAAAUCAUUUCCGGGACAGAAAAGCAGAGCUGGUAGCUGGAAGAUUAGGCCCAGUUCAAUUUAUAUCGUGAGAAUAAAGAAAACUCCCCAAAAAUGAAUGGGAAUGGAGUGGCGGUUGGCAAUGGAGGAAUUGGUGGGUUAGAAAAUGAGUUCAUUCAAAGGCACCAUAGGCAUGAACCCGGAGGCCAUCAGUGUAGCUCUGUUCUUUACAGACACAUCAAAGCCCCUGUUCAUCUUGUUUGGUCAUUAGUGAGACGAUUUGAUCAGCCACAAAGGUAUAAGCCGUUCAUCAGCAGGUGUGUUGCAGAGGGGAACCUUGAGAUUGGGAGUUUGAGAGAAGUUGAUGUGAAAUCUGGACUUCCAGCCACUACAAGUACUGAAAGAUUGGAAUAUCUAGAUGAUAACGAGCACAUCCUAAGCAUGAGGAUUAUUGGGGGUGAUCACAGACUUAGGAACUACUCUUCAAUUGUCUCUCUUCAUCCAGAAAUAAUUGAUGGAAGACCAGGGACUUUGGUGAUAGAAUCAUUUAUGGUAGAUGUUCCUGAAGGUAACACAAAAGAUGAAACUUGCUACUUUGUUGAAGCCUUGAUUAAGUGCAAUCUCAAAUCACUUGCUGAUGUCUCAGAGCGGUGUGCAGUCCACUUCAGGACUGAACCUAUCGAUCGGUUGUGAGAAUUGGAAAAGAACCAAUUGUAAUAUUAUUUGUGAGAAAUAGCUUUAUUAAGAUUAGUCCUAGAAUUUAAUAAGCCAGUAGUUGUUGUAGAUGUAUAGUAUUUGGGUUUAUUUUGAGAGAGGUUCCUAAGCUUUUCUUUGAAAGAACACGUAGGAUCUCAAACUUUAUUCUGUAACUUAUUAAUUUUGUCUCACUUAAGUUUUUAUGUUUGAUUUUCUGAUAUGAAUAACAGGGGUUUCAUGAGACUUAUGUGAUA